GGUUGCAUACAGAUGAGUUGGCAACCAGUUUGAGCUGACUUAUUGACUCAUAAAAACCAUCAGGGCCUUAGGCUGUCUCACUCCAAAUACUAGAACUGUUGGACCAAAGUGUCAAGGGACCUGUCACUCCAGGAAUCUGCUGUUCUCUUGGGAAAACAGCAGGACAGCUGGGCUUUGCCCUGACAGCAAUUCUGGCAUCCCACAAGGUCUCCUGGCAACUUCAGCUUCACCCUCAAUUGUUGAAUUGGAGCAGGUCAUCUCUGAAGGCUCCAAGACUCUGGGAUCUCAACCACAUCACCUCUCCCAAUAGACACCAAGUGUAUCAGCACCAUAUGCUGCUUUGAGAACUAUAUGCUGAGCUCUGAGGGACACAGACUUUCCAGAUUGGAGUGUUGACAGAAAGGAUGUUCAAAUAUCUCCAGAAAUAUUUUGCUGUACACCUUUUUGGACAUUCCCAACGGAGAGCAAGGCUUGUCUCCAAAGAUGGAAGGUGUAACAUAGAGUUUGGCAAUGUGGAAGCACAAUCAAGGCUUUUCUUUUUUGUGGAUAUCUGGACAACAGUGCUUGACCUCAAGUGGAGGUACAAAAUGACUAUUUUCAUCACUGUCUUCUUAGGCAGCUGGUUCCUCUUUGGCCUCCUAUGGUAUGCAGUAGCCUAUAUACAUAAAGAUCUUCCAGAGUUUCACCCAUCUAGCAACCAUACUCCAUGUGUGGAUAACAUUAAUGGUUUAACCUCAGCUUUCUUAUUUUCUCUAGAAACCCAAGUUACCAUUGGUUAUGGUUACAGAUGUGUGACAGAACAAUGUGGCACUGCUAUUUUUCUUCUCAUUUUCCAGUCAAUCCUUGGAGUUAUUAUCAACUCUUUCAUGUGUGGUGCCAUCUUAGCCAAGAUCUCUAGACCAAAGAAACGAGCUAAAACUAUCACCUUUAGUAAGAAUGCUGUCAUCAGUAAACGGGGUGGAAAGCUUUGUCUUCUGAUUCGGGUGGCUAACCUCAGGAAAAGCCUCUUGAUUGGCAGUCACAUCUAUGGCAAGCUAUUGAGGACCACAGUUACACCUGAAGGAGAGACCAUCAUUUUGGACCAGAUCAAUAUUAAUUUUGUGGUUGAUGCAGGCAAUGAAAACUUAUUCUUUAUUUCCCCAUUGACUAUCUAUCACGUAAUUGACCAGAACAGUCCCUUCUUCCACAUGGCACCUGAAAACCUUCUCCAGCAAGAUUUUGAAUUGGUGGUGUUUCUAGAUGGAACAGUGGAGUCCACCAGUGCCACUUGUCAGGUCCGCACAUCCUACAUCCCUGAAGAAGUAUUAUGGGGCUAUCGUUUUGCCCCUAUAGUGUCCAAGACCAAGGAAGGGAAGUAUAGAGUGGAUUUCCAUAACUUUGGCAAGACAGUAGCAGUAGACACCCCACAUUGUGCCUUGUGCCUCUACAAUGAGAAAGAUGCCAGAGCCAGGUUGAAGAAAGGCUAUGACAAUCCCAACUUUGUCCUGGCAGAGGUCAGUGAAACAGAUGAUACCAAAAUGUAGUGAUUACUACUUAGAAUAAGCAAAGCAAAAAUACCAUAUUAACUUAGAAACACAAAGAAGCAAUCAGAAUUUUCAGGGACACUUAAGCAGAACAAGAACUUUCAGAGGAAGUUAAUGAGUACUAUUAUUCUUUGUAUUCUGUGGUCUUUCCUUACAGAACAUAGAACUAACAAUUUCAGGCAGUAGAAGUAUAUAGGAGAUUCUUUAAGCAACUGAAUUAGGACAUCAAACCAUCUGAAUGUAAGUUCCUUGAGAGCAGGAGCUACUUCAUUUUUGCCCCUGAGUUCCUAAGGGAACCUAAGUGUAUUCACUUUCUUAACUUUUAGAGCUUGUUGUUGAAUUGAAGUGAUAUGAAUGUUUGAAGUAAGCAAAUUCCAAUGUCCCUCUUCCCAUCCCUUGCAAUCUGGGAGUUAUUUUUGGCAAUAUUGAUCAUUGGCAUAUAAAUGAUCAUAGGAAGGAGAGGAUCUGUCCAAAUUUUUACUUUGUGUUUAGCCAGAGUUAUUACAACAGAUCAUGUGUUACUCUUGAUAAAGUAAAGAAAGCUGAAGAGUUGAAUUAUCUAUAUAAUUCAACAAGGGGGACAACAUACAACUUUAAGAGACAAAAUAGAGAUAUUUUAUCUUGAUGAUUCAACCUGGCUGUCUAUAUUGUCAUUAAUAAUUCCCUGGUUUCUCUUUGAUUUUCAUGCCUUUUAUUAACAUGCAGUGCCCCAAUGAAAACUAGCCCUAAUAAAGCAUUGAAGGGAUCAGUAACUAAUAAUUAUGGAUUUAGAAAUAGAAGGGAUAAAGAUAUUUAGAGAUAGAAGGGUCCUCACAAGACAUCUUGUCUACCCUCCUUGAUUUUUUACAAAAGGAAACUUGAGGCUCCAAGAAUUGAACUGAUUGAAAGGUCUCAGCAAAAGAAAUACUCAUUUGGGUUUUUUUCCCCAAGAAACUUAAAUAUGGUUCAUGAAUUAUUCACAAUGACAGGAAACACAAAUAUCACUUUGAAAUCCCAAAGUAGGAUCUGAAAGAAUGAUUUUCCUUUCCCAUACCAUCACCCCUCAAAGAAAUUGUGAAUUUCUCAGGGUAGCUGUAUUCUCACUUGAUUCAGCUGAUGCUGAGAAUCGAGAAUCAUCUCUCUUAUAACAUUCUCUUCCACAAAUGAAACAUGGGCUCAACUAGAGGAGAGAACCCUGACUGCCAGAAAGAAAAGGAGGCUGUUGAACAAAGGGAGUAACUGUGUAACUAAACUAUACAGAUCCAACUUUAAAAAUAACUCUUGGGCUAUGGGCCAUACUUCCCACUCCUGGCUGUCAGUACCCAGAAAGGUCCAGCAAUUGCUUAACACA